AAGGAGGAGGUGCCCAGGGUCGCCGUGUGCUGUACUUCAGUCCUGUGAUUUGCUCUCCACAAUUGCGUGGACUCGAAACAUGUUUGGACGCUCUAUGUGGACUCUCUUUUAAAAUAUCCCAGAACGCAAAGGGGACUCUUUUUUUUAAAAUAAUUCCCACUUCAUAUUUUUACGACCUUUCCCUACACUUUUUGACACAGACGAGCACUAGUGUUUGUUUACGCGCACAGGUAAAUGCGAGACAGCCCCGGAAGAACCCGUAGUGCAGGUUGCGUUUUUGUUGUUAUGUCGCAAAGCCGAGCAGAAUGGACGCGUUUACAGGUACCGUUUGAGCUUGUUUUAUAAUUCCAAAGUUGAAACGACGGCGAAGCAACAUGAAGAGUGUGAAGAAGAAGCUCUACGUGCUCAUGGAUGUCCUGUGCGUGCUCGUCGCGGCACUGCCCUUCAUCGUCAUGACCAUCAUCUACACACCUUACCAGAGGGGCGUGUACUGCGACGACGAAAGCAUCAAGUACCCGGUCAAAACGGACACCAUCAGCCACGGCAUGCUGGCCGCCGUCACCAUCUCCUGCACCGUCGUCAUCAUCUCAUCGGGUGAAGCGUAUCUGGUGUACAGCAAAAGGAUUUACUCCAAUUCCGACUUCAACCAGUACGUGGCCGCCCUCUACAAGGUGGUGGGCACCUUCCUGUUCGGAUCCGCCGUUAGCCAGUCGCUAACCGACCUGGCCAAGUAUACCAUCGGUCGGCCCAGGCCUAACUUCAUGGCCGUGUGUGCGCCUAAAGCGUGCACGGGCUACAUGCAGGUCAUCAACUGCACUGGCCAUCCUCAGGACGUCACCGAGUCCAGGUUGUCCUUCUACUCUGGCCACUCGUCUUUCGGCAUGUACUGCAUGCUCUUCCUCGCGCUGUACGUGCAGGCCCGGCUGGUCGCCAAGUGGGCGCGACUCCUGCGGCCCACCGUGCAGUUCUUCCUGGUGGCCUUCGCCAUCUACGUGGGCUACACGCGCGUCUCCGAUUACAAGCACCACUGGAGCGACGUGCUGGUGGGGCUCCUGCAGGGGGCGCUGGUCGCCGUGAUCAAUGUGCGCUUCGUGUCGGACUUUUUCAAGAAGCGUCCUCCGCGCCGUGCCAAGCCCGAUCACGCCGAAAGCGAGGAGCCGGAAAGGAAGCCCAGCCUGCAGUUUGUCGAGUCGGAGCACAACAACCAUUACAACUGCCACCCGGUGUGAGCCGCCCGCACGGUACGCCCUCAACACCAGCACCAUUAACGGGCGGGCGAGUCAUUUUCUCGAGUCAACCACUCGCCUGCCAUCUGCUUCUCACGACCACUAGACUGAACCAGGAGGUCUCCUCCUCUUCGUAAAGCCUCCUCGUUCUCCCGGAGGCGUCGUCGAAGGCAAAGACUCGCAAAUGACGUGGGAGCGCUGCAUUCUUACAUUUGUGAAGGCAGACUUGCCCAUUCAGCCCUAUUGGUAGAUUGGUUUGUGUGUCUGUGUGUGUGUCUGUGUGUGUGUGUCUGUGCAUGUUUGCGUGAGUGCAGUUGACCAUCUUUUUCUACUCACGGGCUGCGAGUGAGAACGGACUGCAAUGUGGAUUUGUAAAGCUUUGUGCAUAUACCACUACCAUAUUGCCCAACAAAAAUAUUUUAGAGUCAAAUGUAAGAAUGAGACAUUUAAAAAAACAACAACUGUUAAUUUAUUGUAAAUUUUCCUUCUCUAUUUUUAGUGCAAUCACCCUGCUUGCCACUUUGAGCCGCACGUGCUCUAUCUUAAGAUUGCGAAGGAUCUGUUUUAUAAAGGUGUGUUUGUAUGUAAGUGUAUGAAAAAUAUUUUUAUUGUCGUAUAAUUGUGUUGGUCUUAAGCAGGGGUGGGCAUAUUUGUGCUCAAGGGGCCACAUUUGAUAGGAUUAUACUAUAUAGCCUAUAUAAUAUUAUAUAAUUAGAUUAUUAUAUAAUAGUAUAUAGUAUUUAUAUCUAUUUAUACUGUAUCUCUAUAGUAUAUAUAGUAUAACUGUUAAAUGUGUUAUUUUAUAUUUGAUUUUUUAUUAUUUACAAUAAAUCAACCAACCAGAUAUUUUAUGUUUUAAGUACAUUUUAACGCACCUUUUUAAAUGAAAAAUACAGCUACAAUAAUGUAUUAAAUAUUACAGGAUCCUUCCUAAUCAAAACGCCUUAUGUGGCCCCCGACCCGUAUUUUGCCCACCCCUGUCGUUACAAUGUCAGUUUCCAAAAUGGCCGUCCGACGACAGGUCCGGCGCAGACCCGAGAAGUGGCCACUAAUAUUGUCAAACAAGCACAAACAGCUGCUCCAGAUGAAGUGUCGUGCGAGAGACCCCCCCCCCUCGACCCCGACCGACCGACCCUGACGUGCAGCUGUAGACAAACGCACAGGUGCGGGUGUCGCCGAUGUUCUCAGCUGAUAUUUUAUCAGCGUGUGCCUUCAACUAGGUGCUAUCACGUGUGUCCCUGUGUAAAUAGAAGCUUUAUGUUGUCUACAUUUUUGGAAUAAAUGUAUAAUCUGCAUUCA